AUGUCAUCCCAAGAUAUAAUACUUACCGAUGCGCCUUCAGCUGCUACGACAGCCUCGCCAGCCAGCAUCCAUAUCAAAGAGCUGAACGCUAUAGACCAUGACAUAUCACAGCUUCUAUUAGCCGCCUCACAGUCCCUACGCACACUCACAACUAUCCCUCCAUCCCUCCCGAAUUUCACAACCCACAGCGCCCGCUACCACUCCCUUCUUUCCUCUAUUGUUGUGCGCCUCCGUCGGCAGAUCCUCUUGCUAGAGCAAGCAGAUAUCCCAGCUCCAACCGACGGAACAGAUGAGAGUGGAAAACAGGGUGGAGGUAUUGACGUGGGCGCAUUCAACAGUAGGAACGAUGUAGUAGGACGAGAGAUGGAAGCAGAGCUAUGGAGAAACGCGAGCGUUCUACUGAGGAGCAUUGAGAGCAUGGAAGGAGUGGGAGGGGCAAGCGAGGGGAAAUGA